CUCAAUUCGAAGAAGCAUAGCCAUGGUGAAGUACCUAGGGAACCCGCAUUCCCUUUUCAUAAUAACCUUCAUAGCCUUUGUUGUCCCUUGCUUUUGUGAUCCCACUGACAUCAUUUCGUCUUGCUUAAUCCGGCAGAAUGUUUAUAACUUCACGUUAUUGCCUCACAACGGAAGCCAGUCUCCAGAUUACUAUAGGCUCCUCAACUUUUCCCUUCAGAAUCUGCGGUUUGCUGUCCCCACUGCUCCAAAACCAGUUGCUAUUGCUAUACCACAGAGUCUAAAGCAACUAGUGAACAGUAUGCGGUGUUGUAGGGAAGGAUGGUAUGAGUUUAGAGUAAGGUGCGGUGGACACAGCUAUGAAGGGAUUUCUUCGGUUGUUCCAGAUGGAAAUCCAUUUGUUAUCAUUGAUAUGAUGAGUCUAAACCAGGUUUCGGUUGAUGUGGAGUCUGAAACAGCAUGGGUUGAAGGGGGAGCAACACUUGGUGAGACGUACUAUGCAGUUGCAGAGGCGAGCAAUGUGCAUGGAUUCUCAGCCGGGUCAUGCCCAACUGUUGGUGUUGGCGGCCACAUUGCGGGGGGUGGAUUCGGGCUGUUGUCGAGAAAAUAUGGUCUUGCAGCUGACAAUGUGGUGGAUGCGCUUCUCAUUGAUGCAGACGGGCGCGUACUAGACCGGAAAGCCAUGGGAGAAGAUGUGUUCUGGGCGAUUCGAGGAGGAGGGGGCGGUGUUUGGGGGAUUGUCUAUGCAUGGAAGAUCAAGUUGUUGAAAGUACCUGAAACUGUAACAUCCUGUAUAAUGUCGAGAACUGGGACCAAGCUCCAUGUAGCUGGGCUAGUCCACAAGUGGCAAUUCAUCGCACCCAGGUUAGAACCUUCAUUUUAUCUCUCAGUUUUUGUUGGUGCUGGUUUACAGGGAGGUGAUGAAGAAACUGGGGUAUCAGCUUCAUUCAAAGGGUUCUAUCUGGGUUCAAGGAAAGAAGCCAUGUCAAUCCUGAACCGGGUUUUCCCAGAGCUGGGAGUUGAGAAAGAAGAUUGCAGAGAAAUGAGUUGGAUUGAAUCCAUCCUCUACUUCAGUGGCUUGCCUAAUGGAAGCUCCAUCUCUGACCUGAGAAACCGAUACCUGGAAGACAAACUAUACUUCAAGGCCAAAUCAGACUACGUGAGGACCCCAAUUUCCAUGGAAGGCCUGGUGACGGCCUUGGACAUUCUUGAGAUGGAGCCGAAAGGGUCCGUUGUCUUGGACCCUUAUGGAGGAGAAAUGGAGAAGAUAAGCAGUGAUGCCCUACCUUUUCCUCACAGAAAAGGCAACCUGUUCUCAAUUCAGUAUAUGGUGGCCUGGGAAGAAGACAGCACUGCUAUGAGCAACAAGUACAUAGAUUGGAUAAGAGGAUUCUACAAGUGGAUGAUGCCGUAUGUUUCACAGGGUCCAAGGGCUGCUUAUGUUAACUACAUGGACCUUGAUUUAGGACAGAUGAAUAGCAGCAUUUCAUCUAAUGAUCCUGUGGAGGCUGCCAGGGAUUGGGGUGAGAAGUAUUUCUUGAACAACUAUGAUAGGUUGGUGAAAGUGAAGACAUGCAUUGAUCCGGACAAUGUGUUCAAUAAUCAACAGGGCAUUCCUCCAAUGCCCACAGCCAGGUUAAGUAAUAGAAGUGAGGGACUCGGAGUAAGCGAUAGAUGCACGGUUGUAAGUUCCUGAUUUACAUAUUAUAAAAAACUUGUGUGUAUGUGCUAUAUAUAAACAUCUUGUAAUCACAGAAAGUAGUGCUAUAGGGAUAUUCUUCUGGUUUCCCAAUGGACCUUUGUUUUUAUAUGAAUUGAGAGAGAGAGAGAGAGAGAGAGAGAGAGAGAGG